AUGAACAUCUUCUCUCAGACAGUGACUGGCAAUGGGUGCCUACGGAACAGUAUGGGUACAGGCAACUAUAUAGAGUGCACUGUUUCAGAGGACUAUGAGUGCUUACUGAGUGUUGCACUUCAGUGUGUUCAUCGUCUCUGUACUGAUAACCAAACUUCUAAUCCCAAUGCAAAGUCGUUCCAGUUAAAUGGUCCCCCUCCGUACACUCCUGUCCUGCUGGAGACGGGGGUGCUCCCUUUUUAUGUGCAAUCCCCUAGUGCACGUGCUGGUGAAGACACAGCCCAGGGGUCCACACUGCUGAGCGACCUUGGCAUAAAAAGCGGAAAUAUGCUGAUGGCAGAAUUAGCAAUGUGUGAUCAGUGUGAGCUGGAUCGGAAUAGUAAUUUCUUUUACGAUGACCUAGUUUCCUCUCACUACCCCACUCUCACUGCCAGUUUUUCCGGAUGUACCUCUCACAGAGUAGUUCCAGAUUGCUCUGACAUCUGUUUCCACCAAAAGUACAGAAGCGAUCACUGGACAUGUAACAGUUCACGACACCCAGUGUGGGGCGCUUCUACAACUGAUUUUGAACAGAUCCUUAAACACACGCAUGAAAAUGGUUUUAACAUACCCUGGGGUUUAAAUCACACAUCUUUGUAUAGUGGUUAUUCCCUUCCACGUCCAAGGCUUAUUUCAACAGAAAUGAUUGAUACAGAGACAAUACAGCCUGGUGACAGAUACAGUCAUAUGCUCAUGCAGUAGGGCCAAUUUUUAGACUGUGACUUGGAUAAGACAAUGACUGCUUUGAGUAUGUCGUAUUUUGCCGAUAGUCAGCCAUGUAGCAUAGCAUGUACCAGUGAUCCUCCGUGUUUUCCCAUCAUUACUGCUCAUGAUGAUCCCCAAGUAUCAAAUUCAAAACGCAUGUUCUGUGUUUACUAGCCAGUUUGCAGCAGUGGGAUGCCCUCUCUCAUAAUGAACUCAGCUUGUGUGAGGGAGCAAAAUAACCACCUGACAUUGCAUACUGGUGCUUCUAAUGUGUAUGGAAGCUCUGAGAGAGAAUCUGAAGAACCAGGAGAUAAAACUACUCAAUAUGGCCUCAAAGAAGAUUUUCAUUGCCACACCAUGCUUUCAGCAGAAGGCUAUAGAGAAAACGAGAAUACCACAUUGAGGCACUGGCUACCCAAGAUCUUUGAGCAUGGCAUGAAGAAUGGAAAUUACAAAGGUUAUAACCCCAGUCUAAAUGCUGGAAUUGUUAAUGCAUUUGCAACAAAUGCUUUUAAGUUUGGUCACAUGCUGAUCAAUCUUGUUCCGUUGUUGAAUGAGACUUUUGGAGAAAUAGCACAUGGUCACCUUUUGAUUCACAAGGUCUUUGUACCAUCCUGAAUAAUCAAGGAAGGAGGCUUGAUUGAUCCUGUCCUGUGUUUUUUGUUUGGUGUGGCUGGUAAAAUCAGAGCAUCUUUUCAGCUUCUGAAUCUCAAACUGACAGGAAGGUUUUAUGCCAUGGCAUGCUCCACCCUGGAUUUGGCAGCUAAAGAUAUCCAGAGGGGGUGUGAUCAUGGGAUCCCAUGCUAUGCUGACUACUGGGCUUUUUUAACUUCAGUUGAGAAGUUUGUGGAUCUUCAAAAUGAGAUUAAAGACACAAAAAUUGGAGUGAAUUUUAAAAAACUACAUGGCACACCACUGAACAUCAGCUUGUGGCCUGCACUUAAGCAGGAAAGCAUAAUUCCUGGUACAAGAGCAGGACCAACUCAAACAUAAUUCUGUAAAUUCGUAAUUCAGUUUCAGUAUCUUAAGGAUGGAGACUGAUUUUGGUAUGAAACUCCUGGAGUGUUCACCACAGCACAAUUUCCUUCUUUGGCUUGCUUAUUUUGUGACAGUUGUGACAACACCCAGCAAGCCCAGCCUGAUGUCUUUGUAAAAGCAGACUGUUCUCAGAAACAGUCUUGCAAGAUGGAUCUCAGAAUGUGGCAAGACUGCUGCGAAGAUCUGUAA